AUGUCUCUGUCUACCAUCUCCGCUAAGGACGCCUGCCCUCCUGCCGGCCCCUACUCCCAGGCUAUCCGCGCCAACGGCCAGAUCUUUGUCUCCGGCCAGAUCCCCGCCGACGCCUCCGCCAACCUGGUCGAGGGUAACAUCGGCCAGAAGACCCAGGUCUGCUGCGACAACAUCAAGGCUAUCCUGACCGCUGCCGGUUCCGACGUCUCCAAGAUCGUUAAGGUUAACGUCUUCUUGACUGAUAUGGCCAACUUCGCCGAAAUGAACGCCACCUACGAGAAGUUCUUCGUUCACAAGCCUGCCCGUAGCUGUGUUGCUGUUCACCAGCUGCCGAAGGGUGUCCCCGUUGAGAUUGAGUGCAUUGCUCUGGAGUAA